AUGAUGCUCAAAUCUAUCGCCGCGGUUUCCGCGGGUCUCGUCGGCAGCGCUCAUGCCUUCUGGCGUAUGGAGUGUCCUGGCCGGGUUGGACUCGCGCGUCUUGAUCCUAUCAUCGACCCUGGCACAGUUUCAAAGCACGUCCAUUCAAUUCACGGAUCAUCUGGAUUCGCUGAUACUGUUACUACUGAACAACUUCUUGGAGCUGAUUGUACUUCAUGCCGAGUGACACAAGACAAGUCUUCUUACUGGCAUCCUGCACUAUAUUUCGAAGAUUCCGACACCGGAAAGUUCGAACUCGUUCCUCAAGUGGGCGGUAUGCUUGCUUACUACCUCCUUUUUGGAGACAACAUUACCGCUUUCCCACCUGAUUUCAGAAUGCUGUCUGGCUCAAACGAUCGACGAACAUACUCCUUCGGUGAUCCAAGCAAACCAGACCCUGAGAAGUCCCAGUGGGAGGCUCUUGGCCAGACUACGCAAAGUGAUCUGGCUGAGCGUGCGCUUGGUUUCAACUGCCUUAACUACGAUAAGACCCCUGAAGGCACUCUUUACCGCCACUAUAUGCCCGACAAGAGCUACCUCGAUGCGAACUGUAAGGAUGGAAUUCGUCUCGAGCUCAUGUUCCCGUCUUGCUGGAAGGGCGGUGAUGCAGUCGACAGUGAAAACCACAAAGACCAUGUUGCAUUCCCUGAUCUUGUCAUGACCGGCACGUGCCCUAAGGACUAUCCUGUUCGACUACCCAGUCUCAUGUAUGAGGUGAUCUGGAACACCGCCGCUUUUACCGACCGAAACGGCCGAUUUGUCUUUGCCAACGGCGACACUACUGGUUACGGAUACCACGGAGAUUUCGUUAUGGGCUGGGAGGAAGACUUCCUUCAAGAGGCUGUCAACACCUGUACCAGUGAGACUGGAAGGAUUGAAGAUUGCCCCCUCUUCAACGUUGUCAGCGAAGAGAAGGCCAAGACUUGUGAAAUGAAGGUUCCCAGCAUUUUGGAAAACGAGGACUGCAAGGGCCCCUUGAAGGCGCUCCCUGGCGGCAAUGGACACUCUUCUGGAGAGAAGCCUGAUCCUUCCGGUCUCAACCCUGCACCCACUCUGACCUACGCUCCUGGCCAAAGACCAUCGAACUCUGCCUCGCCUCUUCCAGGUCAGAUCUUCAAGGUGUCGUCAGUUUAUGAAGCUCCCGCUCCUGGACCCAGCUCCGCCAACACAGAGAAACCUGCACCCAUCUUCUCCAAGAUCUCUAUCCCCGCUGCGCCAGCCCUCCUUCCGAUACCUACCAUUGAGGCUGUCGCAGACGUUGGCGUGGUUGCAAUCGAGUCUACCCCCUCCGUUGAGGCUCAGGUCCCUACAACCACCCCUGCGCCCGAGUUCGUGCCAGUUACGAACACCAAGAGCUUUUACAGCACACAGUAUAUCACUAACGGUAACCUUGUGAGCAAGAUCCUCUGGGAAGAGGAAGUGGUUUAUGUGACCGACAUCAAAGAGGAGGUGGUUUAUGUGACCGUUACAUCAACUGCCAUUGCUACACCUUCAGUAGGACCAGUCCCAGCGGCUGCUCCUCCAGUUGCAGCCCCUCCAGUUGCGGCUCCUCCAGUGGCGGCUCCCGCAAGACGGAGACGUCGUGGUGCUCACCUUCACGGUCAUGGACGCCCUCAUUUUUAA